UCCUCCUCCUGUCUUCAUCCUCCUCGGAGCGUCCAGCGCCCCCGCCCCGCAAAACUAUAACUACUAACUAACUUCUUCCAAGUUCGGGAAACUCCCCGCUGCGCCGAACAUAAGACUAAGAGACGCGGCUCAGUGAGUGAAAAAUAAUGGUCCUGCUUCUCCCGAGCGGUCGAGCUCCUCCGCAUUAGAAGAGAAAUUUGCAGAAUGUUUCAUAUCAGCAGCAGGUGGUGCAGAUGGAAGUUCCGGAAUAUUCUGUCACUGGUCCUGCUGCUGGUAUGCAUACACAAAUCAGCACCGGACUGUCAGACCGACUGCAUCCAGGUGCUCACAGCUCCCGAGGGCUCCUUUUGGUCUCCCUGCUACCCAAGAGAUUACCCAAAAAACCAGGCCUGCCGCUGGACGCUACAGGCGCCCGCCGGCUUUAUCGUGCAGAUAGCCUUCCUCGACUUCGAGCUCGAAGAGGCGCUGGGGUGCAUCUACGACCGGGUCGUGGUCAGCACAGGAACCAGCGAUGUCACGUUCUGCGGUAUAACUGCCAACGGACUGACGCUAAACUCCAGCGGAAACAUCAUGGAGGUGUCGUUUAGCUCGGACUUUAGCGUUCAAAAGAGGGGAUUCAAUAUCAGUUACAGGCAAGUUGCAGUCGCUCUGAGGAAUCAGAAGGUAGCUUUGCCACAGAAUGCUGCGAAAGUCAUUCAAGUUUCCAACCAGGUUAGCAUACCGACUCUUCAGCAGUUCACAGUCUGCUUUGAGGUAGCGAGGACCACCCAGAAGAAGGGCGAAACCAUCUUCCUGUACACGGACCCAAGCGGUAACACGGUCAGCUUCGGACUGUCCAGCAGCGGUAACGUGAUGGCGCUGACCAUGGACGGUCAAGAGUGUGCCCUUAGUGCCAUACUGAGCCCGGCUAGCUUCACCGCAACCAUGAAGCUCUUCUGCCUCUCCUGGUCGAGUCUGUCCGGGAGACUCAACCUGUACGUUGACAACAAUAUCCGAGUGGCGUCGUGCGCUGCCACCACAGGGAAAACCAUCACUGGCGGCGGAACGUUCCGGCUGGGAGACAACUCUCUGAGUUUCGACGGAACCGUUUACAACUUCCGCAUGUGGAAUUACGCCAUGUCCAAAACAGAGUUCAGCACCCUCACCUGUGACGCCAUCGGCAACGUCAUCGACUGGGACAAUGCAUUCUGGAAUAUUCCUUCAGGCCUUGCUCAGACAGACAGCACGCUGAGUUGCAUAUGUUACCCAAAUUGCACCCAUUUAACAGCAGCUACGCCUUCUAGUGGUACCUCCAUACCUUAUACUCCUUCCACUGCCAUCUGUACCUCACCUGGACCGGGCUGCCCAGCUCCAUUAAUUUCCUCUACCAACACCACCAUCAUUAAUAACAUGAUUGUUACUAAUCCAAAAACAAACGUUCAGUACAAUUCCACUUCUACAACUGCUACUAGCAUGUCUCUAACCAGCAGCACAACUGUAGUUCAGCCACCCGCAUCCACAGCUAACACUGCCAUCAGCUCAUCUACUGCACUGGCAGUUUCUGGAAGCACCAUAGCUCCAACAUCCUCUGCAACUAACACAACAGCCGCAAUUAACAGCAUGCCCAAGGAGGAGGUUUUCUACAGAAUAACCUUUGUUGUAAGAGACAGCAAGGGAGUGAUGAUUGAACAGAAUGUGAAAAGCAGUGUCACUCUUUGGUUAAAUCAAACAUUUAAAAACUGGACGUACAACAUCUCUUCUGCUCUCAGUGCCCUCACCAGCACAGACUCCAGCACUCAGAUAGGGCAGCCUGCCGGUACAAGGUAUACCUUCCAGGCACUGCUUAAAAGCAGAUACACAAGCAGCACGACGCUCCAGUAUUCGGUGAUCAAAGAAAGGCUGGUGAGCAGGAACCAGACCCUGGGAGGUGGCCUGGUGCUAGAGACUGCCUCAGUCCAACCUCUCGAAAACUGUCCAGCUGAGGAAAGCCCGUUCCACUACAUCUGGCCCGAAACCCAGCCGGCCGUAACCCAGUUCCUUCCCUGCUUCCCCAACAAAGCCCAAAGUGCUUCUAGAACCUGCAACAUAUACUGGCAGAACUUCACGUCGUUCUGGAGCCUGGCUGAUGUCAGCAAUUGUACAGACAUAAAAAGCAUUGAGGUGUCUGCAGAAAAUGCUGCAGAAGUGGCCGCCACAUUGGCUGAUAUAACACACAACGAGUUGUCGACUGACGAAGUGUCGACGGUCGUGACGAAGCUAAAGGAAAUUGUCAUUGUUUCCAAGAUGAACUCAUCACUGGCUUCCACGGUGGUGAAUGUCUUCUCCAACGUGAUGACCAGCUCCGACACGGCUCUCGCUGCCUCCUCAGAAAUAGUGCUGAAAACAGUGGAAGAACUGGUGCAGAAGAUCGAGUUUGACGGACCUUCACUGAGCAUCACAUCCAGGAACCUGGCACUGGGCAUCUCCGCCUUCAACUCCAGCAGCUUCAAUGGCACAUCAUUUAGCGCCUACAUCCCCCCUAACAGCACUGAUCUCCAGAUCAAUUUUGAGUCUCAGCAGGACAACCCCCUGGCAGCCGUGACCCUCCCGGCCACCCUGCUGAGCAACGUGAGCCAGGCAGAAGCGGAGCUCAUUUCUCGAAUAAACUUCAUGUUCUUCAGGAAGACCAACCUGUUUCAGGACCAGAAGGAAAACGGUCUUUCCUUGAACAGCUACGUGGUGGCCAGCAGCGUGGGCAACCAGUCCAUACGGAACCUGCAGGAUCCGGUGCGCAUCGAGAUCGCCCACCAGGAGUACCAGCCUGUGCCAAAUCCAGUCUGUGUGUUUUGGAACUUCACCAUCAACAAUGGAAGUGGGGGCUGGAGCUCAGAGGGCUGCAACGUUGGCCAGGGCUCUGACAGCAACCGGACGGUGUGCCUCUGCAACCACCUCACCAACUUCGGGAUCCUCAUGGACAUUUCUGGAGCGGCGGCUCAGAUCGAUGCGCAGAACAAUAAAAUCCUCACCUUCAUCACGUACAUCGGCUGUGGGGUGUCGGCCAUCUGCUCUGCUGUGACCCUCCUCACGUACAUCGCCUUCGAGAAGCUGCGCCGGGACUACCCUUCCAAGAUCUUGAUGAACCUCAGCACCUCUCUGCUCUUCCUCAACAUGGUCUUCCUCAUAGACAGCUGGCUGGCUUCCUUCAACAACACGGACCUGUGCAUCUCCGUGGCAUUCUUUCUCCACUACUUCCUCCUCACCUCCUUCACCUGGAUGGGCCUGGAGUCCGUCCACAUGUACAUUGCUCUUGUCAAAGUUUUCAACACCUACAUUCGGAGGUACAUCCUGAAGUUCUGCAUCGUCGGAUGGGGGCUGCCUGCAGCAAUAGUGGUCACUGUGGUCGCUGUGGACAGAAACUCCUAUGGGAAGGAGGACUACGGCAAGGACGAGCACGGCCAGGGCUCAUCGCAGUUCUGUUGGGUGAAGAACCUAGUGGUGUUCUACGUGACGUGCGUGGGCUACUUCUCCGUCAUCUUCCUCAUGAACGUGGCCAUGUUCAUCGUGGUGAUGAUCCAGAUCUGCGGGCGCAACGGCAAGCGCAGCAACCGCACGUUGCGCGAGGAGAUGUUGCGCAGCCUGCGCAGCGUGGUCAGCCUCACCUUCCUGCUGGGAAUGACUUGGGGCUUCGCCUUCUUUGCCUGGGGCCCCGUCAACCUGGCCUUCAUGUACCUCUUUUCCAUCUUCAACUCGCUGCAAGGUUUAUUUAUAUUCAUAUUUCACUGUGCGCUGAAGGAGAACGUUCAGAAACAGUGGCAGAGGUACCUUUGCUGUGGACGAUUCCGUCUGGCAGACAACUCAGACUGGAGCAAGACGGCCACCAAUAACACCAAAAAAGUGAGCUCAGAUAACCUGGCCAAGUCCUUGUCCUCCUGCUCCUUCGGCUCCAGCGCGGCCAACUGGACAUCCAAAGCGAAAGCAACUCUGAACCCUUUCGCAAAGCGCAGCAGCAAUGCAGGUAAAGCUUCCUCCAGCCAACGCAAUUCCAAAUCCUCCCAACCGGAGGGCGAGGCCUCUUCCAUCAUUCCCGUGCACCAGGUCAUCGACAAAGUGAAGGGCUACUGCUCCGUCCAUUCAGACAACUUCUACAAGAACAUUAUCAUGUCAGACAGUUUCAGCCACAGCACCAAGUUCUAGAGUUUUCUUGUCAUCUGUUUAUUGUCAUGGUCUCGGGAGAUGGUGGACUCAUCACGAGCAAGCAUCAGAUGUGGAAAUAUGGAAAGCGCAGGCAUAUGCCGGUGCUAAAAUACACGGAAAACUGCAAAUGCACCGGCACUGCAGGGGAUGCAACCUUCCUAAAGCAUCUGGGGUUCUAAUACUGUGACGUUAAGGCCUUUUACCGAUUCAGUCGAACAAACAUGGCCUUUGUCCUUCAUUGUGAACAAAGUCGAGCAACCUCCUUCUGCAACGCCUCACUCUGUAGACACUGAAAUACCACAACGCCCAGAUUUCUCGCUCAACAUUGCUGACAAAACCCUGAUGAUCGAACUGAAACAGGGCCUCAGACUGGUGAUGUUUCCUGUAAAUCCUUCCAUAUUUGAUGCUUCUCACGUUUUUUUCAAAACGUUUUCUAGUCCUGCAUUUUCUUCAUGUCCCACAGUUUGAAACAUCUGGAAACAAUGCAGGGGACCAGAGCUUGCCAUGUCCAGCUGUAGCCAAAAGGAUUCUAAUAGAAUCCUAAUAAAAUGAUAAAAAAUUUGGACCCACAGAUUUGGCAAAGAUGGCAAAGCCACAAAGCUUCUGAAAAAAUGUUGGAUUUUUUGCCUGUUUGGCUCCUGAAGGGGAACAGUUCUGUUGUUUAGUCAUCUCCUGUUUCACCAUUUUGUUGUGAAUCAUGUGAAGUAGCUGUAAAUCACUGUCUUUCUGUUGCAUUGCAAUACACUUUCUUUGGUCACCUUACAAUUAUAUUACUGUUACUUUUCAUAUAUAUAUAUAUAUUUUUUUAAAGCUUUGGAAUGCAAAUUCUCCACUACUGAAUAACAUAAUUUUGGACAA